UUGACAUUUUAUGAAUUGAGUGGUGCGGAUUGUUUUGUUGACGCUCGGUUGUUAUUGUAUGUUGUAUUGUGUGUGUUAAAUUAGUGAAUUAGAUGGAAUUACAUUCAUGAUGAAUGAACCAAAUUUAAUGUCCAUUUGCCGAUUUUGCUUGCGAAAAACGGAAUCUUCCAUUGACAUUUUUUCGGAAACAACCGUGUUACAGAAGCUGUUGAUGUUCUUUCCUUUUCUUAUGGACCAUAAAGUUAACGAAAAUGCUGCACACCCGGUGACAUCGAAAAUGGUCUGCGUCACAUGCAAAGACACCGUCACUAACUUCUAUGACUUCUACAGGAUGGUUCAAUUGAAUCAGUCGAGCUUCGUUGAGUAUGCAAGGAAGAUUCAGCCAAACAUUCCAUUAACAGAGACAGAUCCACCUCAACGCCUUAUAUUUACACUACGAGCCACAACCGAUGGCGGAGCAUUGCUGAAUGAUUACGGAACGUUAGCAUAUUCAUUGGAUACUGAUGUAAGCGAUGAUCAGAAACCAAACAUAUCGGAGAGACAUGCGACACAAAAUUGCGAAAUUAUGAACGAAAAUUCAGUCAAUACUGCCGGUGAUAGUCGUACGGCUGAAGCGUAUGACGAGACGACUCUAAUCAGUGCCAAGACAGAGCCGGAUGCAAUGAACGACUCCGAUUCGAACAAUGUGAUUUUGUUCAGUCGGAAAAAUAUCGACGAAAAACUGCCCGAUCAUUUGAAAGUGCGCACGACGAAGGAGAAAAGUGACGCUCAAAUCAAAGAAUUUGUGAACCUAAGCUGUGAUAUUUGCAACACGACCCCACAAUUCAAUUCCUUCAAAGAACUGCAGGAACACUUUAGUUCGGAACACAAUCAACGCGGAUACGUCGGAUGUUGCGAUAAGAAAUUCUAUCGAAAAGAUCGGCUCAUGAAUCACAUCAUUAACCAUAUUUCGCCAGAUGCAUUCAAGUGUACAACGUGCGGCCAAAUCAGUAAAAGUAAAGUUUUGCUAAGGAUACACAUGAAGCAACACCUACCAACUGAUUUGCGCCCAUUUCAAUGUGAAAAGUGUCCGCAGAAAUUCGUACUAAAGUCUCAAUUGACGAAUCAUGAAGCUUCGCAUUUCACCCAAGACCAAAAAAAGUUCGUCUGUGACACGUGUGGUAAAGCAUUCGCUCUCAAAUUCGUCAUGAUCAAGCACAAAUUGACUCAUUCAAAGGAGAAAAUCAAUUUCGUCUGCGAAAUAUGCGCCAAACAAUUCUGUUCGAAAACAAAUCUACAGUCGCACAUGUCACACCAUUUGCAGGAGAAUUCACCUCGGGUGCAGUGUUCACAUUGCAGUUUAUGGUACAAGAAUGUGGAAACACUACGCACCCACAUGCAACGACAUAAAGAUGAUCGUCAGCACAUUUGUCAUUUUGAAAAUUGCAGCAAACAGUGUACCACAUCGAGCUCCCUAUCGGCGCACAUACGUUACGUUCAUCUGAAGAUCAAAGACUUUGAAUGCAGCGUGUGCAAGAAGAAAUUCCGACGAAAAUUAGAACUAACCGAACAUAUGGCUCGUCACACCGGACAAGUACUCUACAAUUGCCAAUUUUGCCCGAAAACAUUCACGUCGAGCUCAAAUUAUUUCUCUCAUCGGAAAUAUCGUCAUCCGACGCAGUUAGCCGAAUCGAAGUCCAAAAAGGACGAAUGACACGCUUGACUGUACAAUUUUUCGAAAUUCUUCUGUGAUGCGAUCAGUGACGGUGUGCCAGGAGACGAGAGUCUGUUCAGAACAUUAGAGUGGAUUUGAUUCGAGUCUCAUUUGUGGUGACAAAAAUGUACGAACAACCCAGUGAACAUUCCUUCUUUAAGAACGCGUAACAUUAGCUCAGUGUAAAGCGCUACCAUGUAAAAUAAAGUUCAUUUGCUUAUGAA